CAUUUUGGAUCUGAGGCUCCGGCAGCUCGCGAGCGCUUCUCUCUCUAAACGUCGUUUCUCUGCUCCGGUGUAUUUUCCCGGGUUGGUAUCACAGGUGAAGGUGAACGGAUACCUGCAGCUUCCGGCCGUCUACCCGAUGGACGCCGAAGAAGAAGAAGACUUCACUUCCGGAAGCCGCUCCGACGACGGCGGCGGCACUCCGGUCCAGGAUGAGCACCCGGCCUCCGACGGAGAGGAGGAGCAGAGGAGCGCAGGAGGAGGAGGAGGAGCCCGGUCUGAGGACGACAGCAGCAUCGAAGGAGACGCGCGGCGCUCCACAGAGACCGCCGACCCCGACAAGGAGGCGCGAGGAGGAGCCGACAGCGACGAGGAGGCCGACAAAAGCUCAGAGGAGACGGCGGCUGCUCCUCCUCGCAUCGCUGACAGUGAGGAGGAGGAGGAGCCUCCGGUCAAACGCAGAGUGAGCAGCUCGGACAACGAGGAGGAGUCGCCGGUCAAACGCGGAGCGUCAGAUCACGAGGAGGAGGAGGAGGAGGAAGAGGAGGAGGGACAGUCGUCUCCCGCCAAACGCCGGGGGAGCAGCUCCGACGUGGAGGAGAAGGAGAGGGGGGAGGAGGAGGAGGAGGAGGAGGAGGAGCACAAAGCAGCCACAGACAGCGACUCGGACACCGAGGAGCACAAAGCCGCCGCGCCUCCUGGUCGCCGGCCCGACGCCGACAGUGACUCUGACACGGAGACGCCGGUGAAACGCAAGACGGCACAGAUGGACUCGGAGGAGGAGGAGGAGGCAGAGGGAGGAGGAGGGAAGUGGAAGGCUGUGAUGCAGUCUGACAGUGAGGAGGAAGUGGGAAGGAGGAAGAAGGCUGUAGCAGGAAGUGAUGGAGAGAAGGAGGAGAAAGAGAAGAAGAAAGAUGAGAGUGACGAGGAGGACGAGAAGCCAGUGAAGAGGAAGAAGGCCAUCCUGUCCGACAGCGAGGACGAUGAAGACGAGGAGAAACCAGCCAAGAGGAGCCGCGCCGUGUCGGACGGCGAGCGCUCCGACAGCGACGCGGCGCCCGGCCCCGACGAGAGCCUCGCCGCCAAGCUGCGGGAGCUGGGCUCGGACAGCGGCAGCGAAGACGAGGACGAGAGGACGAAGGCCGGCGGCGAGAAGAAGGACGAGAAGGCGCUGUUCGGCAGCGACAGCGACUCGGGAGACGAGGAGGAGAAGAUGAUCGCGGACAUCUUCGGCGAGUCCGGCGACGAGGAGGAAGAGGAGUUCACGGGCUUCAACCAGGAGGACCUGGAAGGGGACAAGAAGGAGGCGCAGGAGCAGCAGCAGGAGUCAGACUCUGAUGACGGAGUGGACCGCAGCGGCCAGGACACCAGCUUCAUGUCGGACUUCGACGUCAUGCUGGCCCGGAGGAAGGCCAUGAACAGCAGGAAGCGGCGGCACCGCGACGGCGGCACCUUCAUCAGCGACGCCGACGACGUGGUCAGCGCCAUGAUCAGCAAGAUGAACGAGGCCGCGGAGGAGGAUCGGACCCUGAACAGUCAGAGGAAACCGGCCCUGAAGAAGCUCACCCUGCUGCCCCACGUCGUCAUGCACCUCAAGAAACAGGACUUGAAGGAGACGUUCAUCGACAGCGGCGUGAUGUCGGCCAUUAAGGAGUGGAUCAGUCCUCUGCCCGACAAGUCUCUGCCGGCCCUCAGGAUCCGAGGGGAGCUCCUCAAGAUCCUGCAUGAACUGCCCAGCGUCAGUCAGGAGACCCUGAAGCACAGCGGCAUCGGGCGCUCCGUCAUGUUCCUCUACAAACACCCCAAGGAGUCCAGGUCCAACAGAGACCUGGCCCUCAAGCUCAUCAAUGAGUGGUCCCGGCCCAUCUUCGGCCUGACGUCCAACUACAAGGGGAUGACGAGGGAGGAGCGCCAGCAGAGAGACUUGGACCAGCAGAUGCCCCAGAAGCAGAGGCUCAGUCAGUCUCCGAAGGUGGAGAGGGCGGAGCAACCCGACGUCUUCUCUCCACCAAUCAGGUUGUCAGAGUCGCAUGUGACUGUUCAGAGUGAAGCACGUGCACUUUGUGGCUCCGCCCACUUUGUGGCUCCGCCCACAUCUGUGACGUAAUCUAUAUUAAUGAGUACUUGUACUUCAGAUACUAACUACAUAACACUUGGACUGCAGGCUUAGAAUUUGAGUAUUUCUUCACUGGUACG